UACUGUUUCGCCUGUUCCAGGUGAGUGCAGCUCGUUACCCGGUCGUGGUGAAACUUGGACACGCCCACGGCGGUGUAGGUAAAGCUCGAGCCGAGACGAAUCAAGAAUUUCUAGAUCUCGCAUCGUUGGCCGCCUUGGCGAACACUUAUUCCACAUCGGAGCCAUACGUCGACACCAAAUACGACGUCCACGUGCUAAAAAUAGGCAAUAACUACAAAGCGUUCAUGCGAAAGAGCAUAAGCGGAAACUGGAAGUCUAACACUGGUUCUGCGAUGUUGGAGCAAUUAGCCGUGAGCGAGAGGCACCGCGCCUGGGUGGACCACGUUUCCCAGCUGUUCGGCGGGCUGGAUAUCUGCGCUAUCGAACUAUUGGUCGGCAAAGAUGGCCGGGAAUACAUAAUCGAAGUGAACGACAGCGCGUUGUCUUUAAUGGGCGACUCGCAAGAAGAAGACCGACGACACAUCGCUGACCUUGUCACCGCCAAGAUGCAGGCUUAUUGUCGACCACCGGGUAUGCUGACGAAGACGACGUCGAGAGGCUCGAUGUCCGGGUCCAGUCAGGCGACGAGUCCUGUGGAAGAUCGAACAGCGCCACCUACAGCCCCGUUAGGGUCCCAUGGAAGCAUGGGGUCUAUGGCUAGCAUAGGAAGCUUAGGUUCCACUGGGUCCACGGCCCCAGUGCCAGCAGACGUAACCAGCUCUGACAGCCAUCAUCAACUCCAACGUCGCGAUUCCCAAGCAUCGCAGUCGAGCACAGUGAGCAGUGCGCCAUCGGUCGGCAGGCGCCAGGAGGACGCUCCGACCUCGAGGCUAUCUUUCCACAGGCAGGGCAGUCAAUCGCAGACCGAGGACACCGAGGAUACCAUGAAGAAUCUUCGGAAAACGUUCGCCGGAAUCUUCGGCGACAUGUAAACGUAAACCGAGAAUCCGCCGAGGCAAAGGAGAUCGUUAACAUUGUUCGAUUCCCAACGAUGAUUUACAGGACAGCUACUUUACAUGGUAAUCGCUUAAUUAACAUUUUAACUGUCUCUCUUCUUAUGUAACUUGGCUCAUACGACGGGUCUCAUAAGUCCUGGGAGCGUCUUCAGAUGUUUCAGUGAUAUAUGAUGUAUGAUACAUGACAUAUGAUAUAAGAUACAUAAUAUAUGAUAUAUGAUACAUGAUAUAUAUUAUUUUGCAUCGCCUCCCAAGACUUAUGAAUCAUCGUAUCAGAAUCGAGAUAACAAAACUGUGAAAGGGUAACGCGAGGUCGACAUUUGCAGAUCAUCAAUAUCGUCGAAAUGACGAUUGCUAUGGCGCAAUAUAUAUAAACAUAAACAUAACUGAUUAACAAGACUAAUUUCGAACCGAUUAGGUUGAUUCUUAUUGUUUGAAAAAAAAAAUCAGCAUAAAAGGAAGAUAUAUCUCUCUGUGUGUGUACGUUUCGAACGAGUACCCCGUUUGAUUAAUCGUUUAAUUACGGUGUAUAUAACGUAUCGGUUUUAAAGGCUAUGUACUACGUAUUUUGGAUAAGUGGGACAAAAUUGUUGGGGUUUUAAGGGAGGGACGAGUCGUUUACGUGUAAAAAUGAGAUGAAAAAUUGUAAUGUAGAUUCUAUGUAUUCAAUGUAUUCGAACAUAGUGGCUAGGGAAAAGAAAAAAAAAAAGAAAGAACUGGAUUCUCUCAGGUUGAAUAUCGACGAUGAUGAUUAAAUGAUAUCAUUUUCUGACCGGUUUAGCGUUUUAUUCGUUGACACAAUCAGCCUCCCUCGUUUAUGGGAAUGCCGCCAUUUCGGUAUUAGAUUCCGACGGUUAUCUCUAGGUGGCGGGAGGGAGUUAGGCAACUUAUAAUGGGAUUCCGCACGAAGCAACAGUACCAUAGGCCCCUGUCAUCUCCUCAUCCGACUUUACUUCAGGCGUCCACCUUUUAGGCUUAACUUUCGAUUUAAUGAUCUAGCAUUGUCUAAAGGCGAAUGGAAAAAAAAAAAUCGUAUGGAAAUUCUGAGGGUCAGCCGGGACCUUGCUGACGGAAGGAAUUAAGGUCUUGCACUAAAAUACAUAUUUGUAAAAUUGUUAAAAAGUAUUUCGUAAGCCGACGUCAUUCAAUAUGAUUGAGGAAAGAAGAGGAGAUUCGGGCAUUAUACUGAGACAUUCGGCUAGAGACCGCAGCCUCCGGCGUUCUAGGAUCAGCGAACAACAGGACGCGUGGUGCGCGCCGGUGCUGCCAUCUUAAGCGCACAAAUAGUCAUUAAGGGACCGGGCAGUAAUUUUGACAUCGAUGCACGGCGCAACGCAAAACGUUUGGUCGAUUAAAUGGGACGAUGGAUUUUAAAAAAAAUUUACUCUGUAGAUGUCGCCGGCUGUUCUUGAGAAAAAUUCUAAACUUUCGGCAUCGUUGAAAAAAAUUCACUACACGCCGGCGGCGAUUUUCGAUUUGACGACAAAAA